UCCGCCAUUUUAUGCGUGCGUGUGAGGCGAAGGGGAAGGGAGGAAAACCCUCGGCGGCAGCCCCAGCCCCGGCGCAGGACGCCUCAGAGCCGCCCCUCUGUCAACGGGAGGCGACCCCGGGUCCUUAUUUUGCGUCCGCUUCCCUUUUAAUGUGGGGUUUUAUUUUGAUUUGCGGAGCGAUGGUGCCAGCAGCCAUUUGAAGGGGAAGGCAGCAGUUGUGCACCUGACGUCUCUGGCCACACCGUCUGGGAGGGAGAGAUGGAGUAUGACAAACGCGCAAGCCGCGGUGAGCGGCUCGGACGCUAUGGGAACGAGCGGAGUAAGGAUGACCGGCGGGAUCACGACUACGGGGACAUGGAUUACAGGUCCUACGACCCGGACUAUGACUGCGACGCAAGCAAGGAGUACGGGCAGCAGGAGAACUGGAGCUACGACCAGUCUGAGGACUACAGAGAGGACAGUGACAGCUACAAAAGCUACGACAACCCGGAAGAGGCCUUCAGCUUCCCAGGAGAUGGGGACUACAGGGACCAGGACUAUCGAAGUGAGACGGGAGAGGACAAGGCCAGCAGGAUCGUCAUGCUGCGGAUGCUGCCCCCCUCUGCCACCGAGAAUGACAUCCGAGUACAACUGCAGUAUACCGGUUACCAGCCGCGGGAGGUCCGCCUAAUGAGGAACAAAUCCUCAGGUCAAAGCCGUGGUUUCGCCUUCGUGGAGUUUAAUCACUUGCAGGACGCUACCAGAUGGAUGGAAGCCAAUCAGCACUCCCUCACUAUCCUCGGCCAGCAGGUCUCCAUGUACUACAGUGACCCCAAGCCGAAGGCGAACGAGGACUGGCUCUGUAACAAGUGUGGAGUGCAGAAUUUUAAACGGCGUGAGAAAUGCUUCAAGUGUGGGGUUCCCAAGUCAGAAGGCGAGCUGCGCCUGGCGCCCGGCAGGAAGGACCUGCAGCUGCCCCUCCCCGACGGACCCCUCCCGCUUCUGAAGCUCCCCCAGCCGUUCCAGCCUCCACAACUCCAGCAACAGCACCUGCUACACAGCCAGCAGCAACAGGUCAACGAGAACGCCAACGACACGGUGAUCCUGCGGAACCUGAACCCUCACACCACCCUGGACGCCAUCCUCAGCGCUUUGGCACCCUACGCUGUGCUGUCUCCCUCCAACGUGCGCCUGAUCAAAGACAAGCAGACCCAGCUAAACAGAGGAUUCGCCUUCAUUCAGCUCUCGACCAUUGUGGAAGCCUCCCAGCUGCUCCAGAUCCUCCAGUCGUUACAGCCUCCUCUCAACAUAGACGGCAAAACCAUCAACGUGGAGUUUGCAAAGGGCACCAAGAGGGACGUGGUCCUGACUGACGGCAGCCGGGCCAGUGCUGCUUCUGUGGCCAGUACAGCGAUCGCGGCGGCUCAGUGGGCAGUCAACCAGAGUUCCGAUUCAGACAACCAGAGCACAUGGCUCAACCAGGACAACCAGCAGGGAGACUACUCCUACUACCAGAGCGGCCAGGAUGAUGGUUACCAGCGGCCAUACGCGCAGGGAUACAGCGGCCAGUAUUCCCAGGACUACCAGCAGGGUCCAGAACAGCAAAAGUCCAGCGGGCGCCCGGCAUUGCCGACGACUUAUGAGGCACCACCCACUGUUACAACAUCGGAAGCCUCCUUGGAGCCCGGCAUCCCUGGAGUCGAUCCUCUCCCGAGCCCGCAGUCGUACCCACAGUCGGUGCAGACGCAAGCUGCUCCACAACUCUACCAGAAGUCCUCCAGUACCUCAUCAGACAGCACCCGCACCACACAGACCUCGCAGAUCUCCCGGACCCCUGGGAGCCAGAAGGUCGAGAUCGUGGCCCAGCCGCAGAUCAACGCCGGCCACGCCUCGGGAUCCAACAGCAGCGGCCACUCCCUGACCAGCUCGGGCACCGGGACCCAGGACUACACCCAGUACCCCGUGCCCGACGUCUCCACCUAUCAGUACGACGAGCUGUCGGGAUAUUAUUACGACCCGCAGACCGGACUCUACUACGACCCCAACUCACAGUACUACUAUAAUGCACAGACACAACAGUACCUGUACUGGGACGGGGACAAGCAGACCUACCUCCCGGCCCCCGACCAGACCGGCGACUCCAAAGACCUCGGCUCCGGCCUGAAGGAAGGCAAGGAAAAGAAGGAGAAACCCAAGAGUAAGACGGCCCAGCAGAUCGCCAAGGACAUGGAGCGUUGGGCCAAGAGUCUGAACAAGCAGAAGGAGAACUUCAAGAACAGCUUCCAGCCGCUGAGCUACAUGCGAGACAACGACCGGAGGGAGUCCGCCUCGGCCGACGCCGGUUACGCCAUGCUGGAGAAGAAGACCACCCUGGCUGAGAGGCAGCACGUCAUGAUGGAGCACCUCAAGCGAUCCAGCGACAAGAUGAGGGAUGACGAGAGUCGGACGAGGGCGAGCCCGCUGCGAGGGCUGGUGGCCGCCUACAGUGGGGAGAGUGACAGCGAGGAGGACCAGGCGGAGGACCAGGAGGAGAAGCUGACCGACUGGCAGAAGCUGGCCUGCCUGCUGUGCCGGAGGCAGUUCCCCAGCAAGGAGGCUCUCAUCCGUCACCAGCAGCUCUCCGAGCUCCACAAGCAAAACCUGGAGAUUCACCGGCGCUCGAAGCUGUCCGAGUCCGAGCUGGAGGCUCUGGAGAAGAGCGAGAGAGAGCUCAAGUACAGAGCGGCAGAGAGACGGGGCAAGCUGGGGGCAGCAGACACACUGGAGCCCAAGAGGAAGAGGACACAAGCCACGUUUGACGGACUGAACCAGGACAUCGGAAGCCGCAUGAUGCAGGCGAUGGGGUGGAGAGAAGGCACAAGGCUGGGGAGCAAAGAGUCGGGCCUGGCCCCGUCCUCUCAGUAGCCCUCCUGAGGCCGUGUCGGAUCCCCGUUGUCCGUGUCGUGCCUGGCGCGUGAGGUGGGCCCUGGAGGACUCCCACACACCCCGCCGGAGACGGCCGGAGCCCCUCCGCUCGCCGGGAGUCCACACCGCCGACCUCCGCGGAGAAAGACUGUAAAUAUUUUUACCAGCCUCCAAUAUGUACUUUUUCUACCAAUUAAAACAAAAGUGUUUCUGAA